AAUUUUUUUUUCCCACUGAGAACGUUCCGAUCUCAUUGUUAGGGGUUUUGAGUCCUCCUUUUUCUAGCUGUUCAGAUUCCGAGAAAGUGUCUGGAAAUGGCAGCGAUUUACAGCUUAUACAUUAUCAAUAAAUCAGGUGGUUUGAUCUUCUACAAGGUUAAUGAAAGAAGCGAAGGGGUGGACAAAAUUGUGGAGCUGUGCAAAUAAAAUGGCCAACAUACUGGAUUAUGGUUCUGCCGGACGGAUGGAUACGAAUGAUAGCUUACGAGUAGCUAGUUUAUGGCAUUCAAUGCAUGCUAUCUCUCAACAGCUAUCACCAACCGUUGGUUGUUCAGGCAUCGAACUCCUUGAAGCAGAUACAUUUGACCUCCAUUGUUUCCAAUCCCUUACUGGGACAAAGUUCUUUGUGGUCUGUGAACCUGGGACGCAGCACAUGGAGGGUCUCUUGACAGUCAUAUAUGAAUUGUACACCGAUUAUGUUUUAAAGAACCCCUUCUAUGAAAUGGAGAUGCCUAUACGAUGCGAACUCUUUGACAUCAACCUAACACAGGCAAUACAGAAGGAUCGUGUUGCUUUGCUAGGGCGAUAAAUCACUUGAAGAAUUUUGUCCCAAUAAUUGUCUUGUUAUUUUCAUUUGUUUAUUUACCAUGGUUGAAGAAUUGAAUUUUGGAACACAUUUGGUUUAGCUCGUAUAUAUUGUGGCAGUUGGAGGUUGUCUAUUGCUGCCGAUAGCCUCUGCAACUUACCUAUGGGAGAAUGAAAAAUCUUCUCAAAGUUUCUUGGUGGAA